CCAGAGUUUCUUGGUGUUGGAUGAACAGAGAUUUGCAAAAGAGAUUCUUCCCAAGUACUUCAAGCACAACAACAUGGCGAGCUUUGUCAGACAGUUAAACAUAUAUGGCUUCCGUAAAGUUCUCCAUGUCGAUACUGGGAUUGUCAAACUGGAGCGAGACGGUCCGGUAGAAUUUCAGCACCCGUAUUUUAAGCAGGGCCGGGAGGACUUGCUGGAGCACAUUAAAAGGAAGGUUUCUUCUUCGAGACCUGAAGAAAACAAGAUAAGUCAGGAAGAUAUCUCCAGAAUAAUAAGUAGUGCUCAGAAGGUGCAAAUUAAACAAGAGACUAUUGAAUCUCGGUUGUCUGCUUUGAAGAGGGAGAAUGAAUCCCUUUGGAGGGAAGUGGCAGAACUGAGGGCAAAACACUUGCAACAACAGCAGGUUAUCCGGAAGAUUGUACAAUUUAUUGUUACCUUGGUGCAGAAUAACCAACUAGUGAGCCUGAAACGCAAGAGGCCUCUACUUCUGAACACUAACGGACCUACAAAGUCGAAUGUAUUUCAGAAAAUUGUGAAAGAACCAGCUGACAGUAACCACCAUGUACCUCUCAACAGAAAUGAGGGCUUAAAACAAAGGAAACAGAUUUCAGAUGAUAUCAUUAUUUAUGAUGUCACUGAGGAUGUCGGUGAUGAAGAAAAUCCGAUGAGCGAUGAAGGAAAUCCUCCCGUUAUACCAGAAGCAAAUGAAGACACCACUCCAGAUUCUUUGAACUGUAGUAAUUUUCCUGAUAUUGUAAUUGUGGAAGAUGAUAACGAAGAAGAAUAUGCCCCUGUAAUUCAAGGGGAUAAAAGCACAGAGUCAGUCGCGCUCCCGGCUAAUGAUCCCCUCAGCCCUGUCAGUGACGAUAAAAGCCCACUCAUGUCGAGUGCUGUGCAGCUGAAUAACCAGUCAACCUCAGCUGCAGAAGAUCCGGUUUCUAUGAUGGAUUCCAUACUCAACGAGAAUGGAGUCAUCUCACAGAACAUAAAUGUGCUUGGGAAAGUUGAACUUCUGGAUUACCUUGACAGUAUCGACUGCAGCUUAGAGGACUUCCAAGCGAUGUUAUCAGGACGGCAGUUCAGCAUAGAUCCAGAUCUCCUGGUGGAUCUUUUCACAACCUCCGUGCAGAUGAAUCCCACGGAUCACAUCACUAAUACCAAAAUGGAGACAAAGGGAAUAGAAACUACCAAGAAUAAUGCUGGCCCAGCAGAUUCCCCGGAAACCCAAGUCUCGAAGCCGGUAUCAGAUAAGCAGCUCAUACAGUACACUGCGUUUCCGCUCCUUGCGUUCCUCGAUGGGAACCCAGGCUCCGGCGUUGAGAGCGGGAGCUCCACAGCUGAGACUCCUUCCUCUGCUGGCAAACCCCUGGAAGCGGACCAGCUCCUGGAGGGCAGCCUGGACCCCGAGCCCACCCAGAGCAAACUGGUGCGGCUGGAGCCGCUGACGGAGGCAGAGGUGAGCGAAGCCAUGCUGUUCUACCUAUGUGAACUUGCCCCGGCGCCCAUGGACACAGACAUGCCGUUCCUGGGCAACUGAUGGUGUGGGGACUCUGUACAUAGCCACGGAGAUGAACUAUUUAUUUAGAAUCUUGUUUGGUAUACGAGGUUUUUGUAAAUCACUGUUUGACGUAAGCAGAGAACAUGGAAUCUAGAAUCCCUUUCCAACGUUGCUUCCUAUGGGCAGUGGUGUAACAGCACAGUUAGCCAAGCUGUCAGGCAUGGUUGGCAAUGCCAGGCCAGACAGACUGUCGCCGUAUUGCUGUCAGAGGCUUGGUAUUGCCCAUCCCGCUGAGUAUCCCAGGUAACGGAACACUUGUUAAUAGUAAGCUUUCACAUUAUUUCUUAUACGUCUGGUCUUACCUAUGAUGACGUAACCUAGUAGUGUAUGGCUAGGGAGCACCGACUUUCUGUAUCUUGGUUUUUUUCUAUUUUUUACAACGUUUUGUUUAACAAACACGAGGCUUUUUUGGGGUGGGGGGGACCAGGAUGUGAUGUAGGCUUUUAUUUUUUCCCUGCUUGAGCUGGGAACAAAGUGCCUGUACCUUGCUGAAUCUUGGUUCUGCCUUACUUUCACAUCAGUGGAAGCGCUCACACAUAGCACAAACCGGGGAAAAGCUCUCGACAGCCGCCGGGCCCCUUGCCUGCAUGAGUACAUUCAACUUGGACCACCUACCCUGAUAAAAUAAAUGUUACUUAAGU